AUGGUUGGCACAGAUGCCUUUCGCCAGGAUCAUAUCCUAGACCUUGCUGUGGCAGCUAUUCGGUCCAGCCAACAGCCAAGCCUCAAAACACCAUAUGAGGCCGUGGCUUUGAUCGGCCACGCCUGCAUGGUAGCGGUGGAUUUCAGAUUGGUUGGUCUUGGCGAAGAUCACAACUUAGAAACAUCCGCAGAUCAUACUUCCCUCCCCGCAGAAUGGAACACUAACGACACAUUUGCCUUUCGAUAUGCACACCCACAAUCUAAGACACAGUAUCUGCUCAAAGUGAGUCGAAUAGGAAGCAAUGCUGUGGUCUUUGCGCUCGCUUUAGGCGACGACCGCACCAGCUCUUUCGACGUUGCCACCAAAGAGUUCGUCUCAACCACCGCCCUCCCUCUAUCCGACGCCGAAAACCUCACCGCCUCUCUACGGGAUGUAUUCAUUUCGCCAGCUCGAUUGGGCGAUUUAGUUGGACUCUUCAAAAUCAACGUCAUCCAGAGACUUGCAUCCGGUUUGCACCCGGAAGACUACGAGGUUACAGGCCAGCCGCCAAGGGAACUACCAGCGGAAAGGAAACAACGUGACGCUCUACGAGAUGACUCUCUUCCCCAACCUGCCCGUCCACGUCCAUUAGAUGACCCUCUGGCGGCAGCUCCCCAGCGCUCCAAGCCUCCAGUAGACUUUGCCCCUCCUGGGUUUGAAGAUGAGCAUCAAAUGAACCGCUACCCGGAGAGAUAUCUAGGGGGACUUGGAAGCGGUCCACCAGGGCUCGGAGGAGGACCAGCAGGUCUUGGUGAUGGCCCAGCAGGGCUAGGAGACCCAGGCAGUAUUGGAAGACGAGAUCUUUACCCACAAGGGCUUGCCCCCAAUGAUCCGUUCAACGGACGUAUGGGUGGCUAUGGUUCGGGUGGUGGUAUGCAUCCUACCUUUGAUGACCCCCUCUUUGGUGGAAGAGGGAAUGGUAGUGGUGGCUAUGAUCCCAGGGCACCUCCUGGAGCAAGAUAUGACCCAGUAGGACCAGGUGAGCCACCUGUUGGUCGGAACCGUGGCCCAUUCGGUAACAAUGGACGAGGUGGAGGAGGCUUUGGAGGCUUUGGUGGUGGGUUUGGCGGGGACAUAAUUUAA